AUGGCCUGCCAAACCUGCCGCGCGGGUCUCUCCCGCCGCCUAGCGGCCAGUCUACAACAGACUUCUCUCCCAAACACCCAACUAGCUUCUCCCCUCCUCCGCGCUGGCGCGACCAAGACGACUACCCCCUGCUCGACACUCCCCGCUCCCAGAAGCAGCUGUGCAAUCGCCCCAAGACGAGCCUUCCACACCUCGCAACAGCACGAGAAGUUCCUGUCGGGCCUGCGCAAGCUGCUGGCCACCCGCGUUGCGCAGACCCUGGGACCGAAGCGUGGCUCGUACUUCAUCUACGGCGCAACCGAGCGCAUGACCAAGGCGUGCAAAGCGCAGGCAGACUACGUAAUUGACCCCAGACUAAGGAAGAAGGGGGAGGUGAAGACGAGCGAGGAGGGCGAGGAGAUCGGGGAGAGUUUGGGCAGCGCUUGGCAUGAGAUCAUCGGCCUGCCCCCAACAUUCAGCACCUGGGCCCAAGUAUCCAUGCUACACAUGUGGCUUCUCGUCGUGCGGUUCCGCUGUUGGGAACGCAUGACCUACCAGGCCUGGCAGGCUCAGCUGGUGAACCACUUCUUUUUCGAGGCAGAAGCCAAGAUGGAGAUCGCGCACGACAUUACCUCGCGCGCUAUCCGCCAGCGCUACCUGAAGGAUCUCUUUGUCCAAUGGCGCGGCCUGAUCCUUGCCUACGACGAGGGCUUGGCCAAAGGCGACGCUGUGCUGGCGUCGGCUGUCUGGCGCAACUUGUUCAAGGCGCGGGAGGACGUCGACAUGCGCGCAGUAGCUGCCGUUGUGGGGUACAUGCGUGCAUGCGUGAAGUAUCUGGGGGAUCUGGAGGACGAGGCGGUCGAGGUCGCGGCGGAGCAGGUGUUCAAGAAGGUGUCACUGGGGGAUAUGCUGAUUCUGGUGGAUGUUCCGACGGCGUCGCUGAAGCCAGCGUUUGACAAGGCCGGAAUCAAGUCGGUUGCUGUUGCUGCUGCUGCUAUUUCGGAGAAGGUGUGA